AUGGGGAACAAAAACUCAUCAAACUCAAAAGUACAUGCCAAGACAACAAAGGUUUCUUCAAUUGAACAACAUGUUCCAAAACAAAACAAGAUGAGUUUUCCAACAGAACAAGGGCAUAGAAUCAAAGGUUCGACGACAUUAAGAGAUGAUGAAUAUAUAGGGAAACACAAGAUAGAGACACCACUUGAUAGUGAUGAAACAUUCAACAAUUUCAUUCGAAGUGCUAAGUAUAAAAUCAGAACCGUUACAAUGUCCAAGUCCAACAGUUAUAGGGAGCAGAGUAACAACGCUGCACCAGCAGCAGCGGAUUAUGAGGUUAACAUUGGUGACAACAGUGAUAAAGAAAAUCACCAGAGGAAGCAGUUUGAUGAUUUUAUUCAGAUUUCUAAAAAGAAAAUGAGAGCUACGUCAGGCAUUCGAAAUAAUAGUUUCUUGAUGAAGCCUUGA